AUGCGGAUACCGCAGUCGUACAUCCAGAAGUGCAAGGUGGUGGCACAUGUCUUCCAGGCCAUCUUCGUCUUCAUAGCCGCGUGUCUUACCAUCGCUGUCAUGACCAAGGAUGGCCCCGUUGAGGGACCUACAAAGUACUUCUUUGCUAUGUGCUUCGUCUCCAUUCCCGCCAUAAUCUACCUCACAAUGGUACCCAUGUGGUCGCGCGCCCAACGCUUCGCCUCCGCCUACGCUUUCCUCGCCGUCGACGCUUUAUACACUAUCCUGUGGUUCGCCGCCUUCAUCUCGGUGGCCAUGUGGAACGCCCACGGUAUCAAAGAGGGAGCCAAGAAGGAGAAGAUUGCAGAUGACGACCGCAACUGCACAACAUUCUUAUACGGAGAUGAGGCCAAGUGCAAGGUCAGCAAGGCCGCUGUAGGCGUCGGUGUUAUGGUCUUCCUCUUCUUUGCCAUCACAACCGGCGUAUCCGGCUACUACCUCCACAAAUACCUCCGCGAAGGCGUCAUGCCCUACCAAUCCUCUUCGGAAAAUACCCACUACGCCUCCGGCGACUCCGCCUACAAUAACCCGAAAGACGCAGCCUGGUCGACCGAGAUCGAGACCGCAAACGGCCGCGACUCCUCAGACUCGCUCGAUCGCCGCACCGACCGCGGCGGGAACCAAGAAGAAGACGAAUACGCGUUGCUGCACAGCACGGAAACGGAUGAGGGGAGGCACCCCGGCCGGCCACUGAGUUGGGGCGAGGAUAGGAACGGAACAUAUGGCAGCGGUGGCAGGGGAGCUGUGCCUCCGUAUGCAGAGUACAGAGACAGCAGUGCGAGCAUAGCUGCCGGCGUGGACGCGUUGAGUCCGGGCGGAUAUGAAGAAUUUAGAAGAGAGGCUGCUGCGGGGCCUCUUGGUAGUAUGGGUAUGGACAGAGCGCCCAGCCACAGCGGGAGUGGGUAUAGCUUUAGUGGUGGACCGGAGCGGUUGAACUAG